CAGAGAUAAGAAUGUAGUUCAACUAUAUUUAUACCAGACAUCCUCCAUUUCUGACCGACUAAGUAAAUCAGGGGAAUGUCAGUCGUUGAAAAGACGGCGAUAGCAGUUUUACUGAUUGUCCAAGUACUAGUUUCCUCGAUAAAUGGGAAAACGUAUGCUGAAUGUAUACAAGAUGUAGAGAAUAGCGUCUGUCAGCAAUAUUCUCACAUCACUAUCUGCACCAGUGAUGGCGUCGUCCAUAACGGUGUGUGUGAUUAUCAACGGUCUAACUGCGAUGCCUUUUAUAACCAUCACACAUCUUUCACAGUCACGGGGACUGGAGCUAAUGGCGUCUGUAAUUUUACACACCUUAUCACCUCCACUACUCCUCGAUCUCUCUCCGCCGUAGAGAUAAGCCUUUAUAGCGCUAUUGCAGACGGUAUUGACAACCGACUCCUUCGAACGCAAACACUAGGGACGGAAGUGUCAGAGGCGAUUAAAAUUUUCACCAAACAGGAUCACACACACAAAGUGUACGUCAGAAAUCCGGAUUGCUGGGCACACGACCUUGAUCUUACCUGUAUUUCACCCUGGAACAGCAACGGGCACAACCGUAAGGCUGGAACCCUUCUUUCUCCACGCCACGCCAUCUGGGCUAGGCACUAUAACAUGCCUGUUAACACAACUUUGCGAUUUGUGGAUGUGAAUAACAAAGUCGUGGAUCGAAAGAUUAUCAAAACACACGUCCUUCCAGUUCCUUCGCACAUAAACUACCACAGCGGUUACGACAUGAUGGUCGGACUCUUGGAUCAAGACGUUCCAUCAACUAUUACUUUUGCGAAGGUUUUACCCAGAAAUUUCACAGAGAUUUACGGCUCUCAUUUACAUCAUGCUCUCCCGGUUUUGAGUACUGAUUAUGAAGAAAAGGCACUGGUUGACGAUCUACGUAUGAUGCACAACAAAAUGGUCAGCCUCAGUGUUCCCAUUCUGUCAUACCGCAAAGCGUACUACGAGAGCAAAAUUGUCGGUGACAGUGGGAACCCCACCUUUUUUGUAAUUGACAAUCAAUUAGUGUUUCUAUUUGUUUUUACUUAUGGUGGGGCGGGGGCGGGGACUUCAGUUCAGUAUCACUAUGACGAUAUCAAUCACGUGAUGCAGUCUCUUGGUGGCGGGUACUCCUUAACAGAAAUCGAUUUAUCUAAAUACGCGACGGACUCCCAAAUCACAAAUGUAUUUGGAUGAAAUUCACAUCAUUAAAUUUAUAUAAGAAAUGAAA